AUGUCCCAAAAUUCAGUGUAUCAACCAACACCUUACCACACAACACCGUCUUACCCAUCACCUACACAAAACCCAUUUCUUAACCCAACAACUUCUUCUUCACAUUUCACACAGUCUAUUUAUCAAAAUCCAUACCCACAAAUGUAUACAACCCCUUACCCAUCACCUUACCAAACAACAAGCCCACACAUCUACCCAUCUCCAUACCAAACAUUAGAGAAGAAAAAUCAACCACCAAACGCUUAUUCACCACAAGUUACUGUUUACCCAAAACUCGCUUCCCCAACACCAAUAAACCCAUACACGACCAUAGUCCAACCAAACACACGACCACAAAACGUGUUCCCACAAAACACUCCGAAGACUGAAAGUGCUUCCGUCGUCAAGACUCAAGAAACAACGCCAAGUAAAUUACCAAUUCCAGAAACACCAAAGAGUACAGAGAAAUAUAUGGAGGGAUACAACGCAGACGAUGAGAAGGGAAUUAUAGAGUUGAAGCGGAUGUACUCCGACGGCCUUCUAUCUGUGGAAGCGUACGUCACUCUACGCGACAAUUACUUGACUUCCGUCGAUCACACGAUGUUAGCCGACCAAUACAAAGCACAGAAAAAGAGGGAAGAAGAUGCUCGGUUAGAAGCCGAAGCUUCAAAGGCCGAGGCGAUUCGCUUGAAGAUGUUAUCGGAGCGUCUUGCAACGGUCCGCUCCGCGAUUCAAAGUGAUUUAAACUUCAACAAAGAAGCGCGAGAUUGGAUAGCAACGAACACCAAAUCACACAUCGACUUCCUCGAGACGUUGAAGUCGACUAAGUCUGAGAAGGAACUGAAAGUUGUUGAGUUGAAUGCGAGAGUCAUGGCGUAUAGUGAUGCAAUAGAAGUGUUAAGUGUCUUAGUGAAAACUAAGAAGAUGUCUGUGAGUGAUGCGCUUGACAAGACGAAGUCCCUUGCCAUUCUACAGUUCAAGUACAAAGUCAGUCUAGUGAAGGAAUAA